CGCCUAGUGCCGGAGAGCCGGGAUGGCAACCGCGCCGGCAGCUGCAGGAGCCGGCAGAGGCGGCGCCGGAGACGCGGCAGCCCGGCCCGGGGCGCGGCGGUGCUGAGCAGAAUCUGAGAAAGUUGGUCCUCCCUUCCCAACAGAAAAGAUGGCUGUGUUACGGCAGUUUGGACUUCUUCUCUGGAAGAAUUACAUUUUGCAGAAGCGGAAAAUUUUGGUCACGCUCGUGGAGAUUUGUCUCCCCUUGUUGUUUGCCGCCAUCCUGAUCGGCCUCCGCCACCGGGUCCAUUCAGUCAAUCACCCCAACACCACCUUAUACCACAGCAAGCAGGUGGACAGACUGCCCGGUUUCUUCCACCGCUGGCAUCCGGGCAUCCUCUGGGAACUGGCGUACGUCCCCUCCAACAACACGGCCGUGCAAAGGAUCGCUGAGGUGGUGGAGAAGGCCUUGGAGAUCAAUAUCAAAGCUCGAGGGUUUCCAUCAGAAAAAGACUUUGAACACUACAUCAGGUUUGAUAACCACUCGGGCAACGUACUGGCAGGACUGGUUUUUGAGAACUGUUCAGCUAACAGUCAGGAUCCCUUGCCGCUCCAGGUUAGUUACCAGCUACGUUUCAAAUAUAGCCCUAGAAAUGCUCCUCAGAGUGAGAGGACAGGGUUGAACCCCAACUUGGAUCGAGACUGGAACACCAACUACCUCUUCCCAUUGCUCCAGUUACCAGGACCCAGAGAGGCAAAAAGUGAUGAUGGAGGCACACCAGGGUACUUCCGUGAAGGUUUCCUUGCCGUGCAACAUUUGGUGGAUAAGGCAAUCAUUCAGUACCAUGCCAACGCAACUACUGCUGAUCUGCUGGAUCGGGUGACUGUGAUUGUUCGGCGCUUUCCCUAUCCCCCUUACGUCAAUGACCUCUUCCUCUUGGCUAUUGAGAACCAGCUUCCCUUGCUGCUCAUGCUGAGCUUCACCUACACCUCCCUCAACAUUGUCCGUGCUGUGGUGCAUGAGAAAGAGAAGAAGCUGAAGGAGUACAUGCGCAUAAUGGGUCUCAGCAACUGGCUACACUGGACCGCAUGGUUCCUCCUGUUCUUCCUCUUCCUCUUAGUGUCCAUCUUCUUGGUGACCACCCUCUUCUGUGUCAAGGUGAGCGGACAGGGAGCAGUGUUGCCAAACAGUGACCCAACUCUGGUGUUUACGUUCCUGGCAAUGUUUUCCAUCUCAACCAUCUCCUUCAGCUUCAUGGUCAGCACAUUCUUCUCAAAAGCAAAUGUAGCCGCAGCUGUGGGAGGGUUCCUCUAUUUUUUCUCCUACAUUCCGUACUUUUUUAUCUCCCCGCGCUACGACCACAUGACUCACAGCCAGAAACUUGCAUCCUGCCUCAUCUCCAACGUCGCCAUGGCCAUGGGGGCACAGCUGAUUGGCAUGUUUGAAGGGAAAGGCACGGGGGUGCAAUGGGGAAACCUAAUGAAGGCCAUCAGCGUAGAUGAUAACUUCACGAUGGCUCAUGUCUUGGGUAUGCUUCUCCUGGAUUCUGGGAUGUAUGGCUUGGUGGCUUGGUACAUGGAGAAUGUAUUUCCUGGAGAAUAUGGCAUUCCACAUCCCUGGUAUUUCUUUGUCAUGCCUUCUUAUUGGUGUGGAAGCCCCCAGACAGUUUUGGGGAAAGAGAAGGAAGAGGAGGAAGACCCAGAGAAGGCCUUGAAGAGUCAAUUCAUAGAGGAGGAGCCUUCAGACUUGGUGUCAGGAAUAAAAAUCAAGCAUCUUUCCAAGGUGUUCCAAGUGGGAAACAAAACCAGAGAAGCUGUGAAGGACCUGACUCUUAAUAUGUACGAAGGGCAGAUCACUGUCCUUCUUGGACACAAUGGAGCUGGGAAAACCACCACUCUGUCCAUGCUGACAGGUCUGUAUCCUCCAACAAGUGGUCAGGCAUAUAUCAAUGGCUAUGAAAUCUCCCAGGACAUGGUUCUCAUCCGAAAAAGUCUAGGCCUUUGUCCUCAGCACGAUGUCCUCUUUGACCACAUGACGGUAGAAGAGCACCUUUACUUCUACUCCGGGCUGAAAGGUUUCCCUGCUGAAAAAUGCCCAGCGGAGAUCAGCCAUAUCCUGCACAUCCUCAACUUACAAGAGAAACGUGGGACUUUGUCAAAGGCGCUCUCUGGAGGGAUGAAACGCAAGCUCUCUAUUGCCAUCGCUCUCAUUGGGGACUCCAAGGUGGUGAUGCUGGAUGAACCUACCUCAGGCAUGGACCCCGUUUCACGACGAGCCACUUGGGAUCUCCUGCAGCAGCAGCGGAGAACCCGCACCAUCCUGCUCACCACCCACUUCAUGGAUGAGGCAGACCUGCUGGGUGACCGCAUCGCCAUUAUGGCCAAGGGAGAACUCCAGUGCUGUGGAUCAUCCCUCUUUCUCAAGCAUAAAUAUGGUGCUGGUUACCACAUGGUGAUGGUGAAAGAGCCCUGUUGCAACCUUGGAGAGAUCUCCCGCCUCAUCUAUCAUUAUGUCCCCAAUGCCUCUCUGGAGAGCAAUGUGGGAGCAGAGUUGUCCUUCAUCCUUCCCAAGGAGAGUACACACAAAUUUGAGGCUCUGUUCACAGAGCUGGAGUUACGCCGGGAAGAACUGGGCAUUGCCAGUUAUGGAGCCUCAGUUACAACGAUGGAGGAGGUCUUCCUUAGAGUCGGCAAGCUCGUGGAUUCCAGCAUGGACAUCCAAGCUACCCAGCUGCCUGCUUUGCAGUACCAGCAUGAACGGCGAUCCAACGAUUGGGCCAUGGAUGAUUCCAGCAGCCUGAGUGGGCUGACCAACAUGACAGAAGACAACGGGGCUCUCAUCACAGAAGACUGCUCCACUGUUAAGCUGAACACAGGGUUCUACCUCUGCUGCCAGCAGUUUUAUGCCAUGUUUAUGAAGAGAGCUGUGUACAGCUGGCGCAACUGGAAGAUGGUGGCCGCACAGUUCUUGGUGCCUCUUAUUUUCACUGCUUUCGCCUUGAUUGUUGCCAAAACCUUCCCGGGGCCUCGAGACUCUCCACUGUUGAAGCUGACCUUGAAUCCAUAUGGCCAGACCACUGUGCCUUUCUCCAUUUCCCAAGGCUCCAGUUUGGGCGAGAGGCUGGCAGCACAGUACAAGGAUGUGGUUGGUGCUCAGCGCCAAGAGGCAUUGGAGGUGGUAGGGAACUUGGAGGAGUACCUGGUUUCUCGAGCAUCGGAAGAGGGUGGCGCCUUUAACGAGCACCACAUUGUGGCAGCUUCUUUCAAAGAGACCUCAGACCAAAUGGAAGUGACAGCUUUUUUCAACAACCAGGCGUUUCAUUCUUCUGCGACUGCAUUGCUUCUGGUGGACAAUGCCUUGCUGAAGCUACUAGCUGGACCAAAUGCUUCCAUCGCGGUCGCCAACUACCCACAACCUCGGAACAUGACCGAGACAGCAAAGGACCAGCUCAUGGAAGGCCAGACGGGCUUUGCGAUCUCCAUUAACUUGCUCUAUGGAAUGGCCUCCUUGUCCAGCACCUUUGCGCUCCUGCUGGUCAGUGAGAGGGCCAUCAAAGCCAAGCACGUACAGUUUGUCAGCGGUGUUUACAUGGUUAAUUUCUGGCUCUCUGCACUUCUGUGGGACCUCAUCAACUUCCUUACACCCUGCACCCUCAUCCUGGUGAUCUUCCAAGCCUUUGACAUCAAAGCAUUCACUGAGGACAACCAUCUUGUGGAUAUAAUGCAGAUAUUUCUUCUGUAUGGCUGGGCCAUUAUCCCUCUCAUGUACCUGCUCAGCUUCUUCUUUUCCGUGGCAGCCACAGCCUACACCCGCCUCACCAUCUUCAACAUCUUCUCUGGCACAGCCACGUUCUUGGCAGUCGCCAUCAUGAGCAUCCCUGAGCUUGGAAUGGUAGAUCUCUCUAAAACACUGGAUAAGAUUUUUCUAAUCCUGCCCAACUACUGCUUGGGACAAAGUAUCAGCAAGUUUUACCAGAAUUAUGAGUUCAUUCAGUUCUGCACUUCUUCUUUUGAAUCACUUGUCAUCUGCAAAGUGUUCAAUAUCAGCUACCAGACCAACUACUUUGCUUGGGAAAGCCCAGGUGUUGGAAAAUUCUUGACAGCUUUGGCAGCUCAAGGACUCUCUUUCCUUCUCCUGCUCUUUCUCAUUGAGACUAACCUCCUCUGGAGAAUGAGGACCAUUGUCUGCGAUAUACGACGGAGGCGGAAAUGGGUCAUGCUGUUGAACCAGGUUCCGGUGCUGCCAGAAGACCGGGAUGUUGCUGAUGAGAGAAAGAAGGUUCUGGAAUCACCGACAGCAUCCAUUUCUUCGCUGAAUAGUCCUCUUGUGAUUAAGGAGCUGACCAAGGUGUACAGUAGCAGGGAUUCCUGUCUGGCUGUGGACAGGAUCUCUCUUGCAGUCAACAAGGGAGAGUGUUUUGGACUUCUGGGUUUCAAUGGGGCAGGCAAAACGACGACCUUCAAGAUGCUGACAGGGGAUGAGAGCAUCACUUCGGGAGAUGCCUAUGUGGAUGGGCACAGCAUCCUGGCCAAUAUCAAAAAGGUCCAGCAACGGAUCGGCUAUUGCCCUCAGUUUGAUGCACUUUUGGAUCACAUGACCGGGAGGGAGACCUUGAGCAUGUAUGCCCGUCUGCGGGGCAUUCCUGAGCGCUAUAUCAGCAGCUGUGUGGAGAACAUGCUUCGUGGGUUGCUCUUGGAACCUCACGCCAACAAGCUGAUCCGCACAUACAGUGGUGGGAACAAGCGGAAACUGAGUGCAGGAAUUUCACUCAUUGGUGGACCUCCAGUGGUGUUCCUGGAUGAGCCUUCCACUGGCAUGGAUCCUGUGGCCAGGCGUCUACUAUGGGAUGCAGUCGCUCGGACACGGGAGUGCGGAAAGUCCAUCAUUAUCACUUCUCACAGCAUGGAAGAGUGUGAAGCUCUGUGCACCAGGUUGGCUAUCAUGGUGAAUGGGCAGUUCAAGUGUCUGGGUAGCCCUCAGCACCUGAAAAGCAAGUUUGGCAGUGGAUAUACCCUGCUGGCGAAAACCCACAAUGAUGAAGAAGGCCACGUGGAAGACUUCAAGGCCUUUGUGGAGAAGACGUUCCCCGAGAGCAUCCUGAAGCAUGAACACCAGGGCAUGGUCCAUUACCACCUCACCAAUAAGAACCUCAGUUGGGCACAGGUGUUUGGGACACUAGAGAAAGCCAAAGAGAAGUACUGCAUAGAAGAUUAUUCUGUGAGCCAAAUCUCCUUGGAGCAAGUCUUUAUGAGCUUCACGCGUUUCCAGCACUACACAGAGGAUCGAGACAAAUGAGUCGUCUUCUCCAGCCUGUUUUCGCAGACUGACCUGUUGCCUAUAACAUAGUAUAACAAAGAGAAAGUAAUUUAUAGUAUCAGCCAUGUCUCCAACAACAAAAGGAUGGACAUAUUCUCAUUGGACAAGUGGUGCACUACAGUACUGACAUUAUGAGGAUGAAUGCAUGGGUUGUAUGUAUGUGUUGACAUGUCCAUUUGUCUGUGUGAGGCAUGAGAAGGAGGAAAGCUUAACCAUCUUUCGAGGCAGCUGGGAUGUUCUACCAACUCUCACUCCACCUUGAUGACAACGGGAGGGCAGGGCCUACUACAGCCAUGGAGGCAAUUAACCCUGAAUCCUGAGAUAAUUUGGUAAUUCAGUAUAUUGGACACUAGGAUUCUAGUUUCUUCUUUCUUCCUCGCCCUCCCAAUCUCAUCUUCUUGAGAAGUUUCCACUGGACCAGCGUUGGUGUCAUUGACCUGCCUGCAUGUCCCCAAUUUUGGUGUGUUGACAGCACGUACUCAUCUGUAUGGCUGUGAUCCACAUCUGUUUGUUCAGACAAAACUCUUUGGAAUGUACCCACUUGUGGUCCUUUUGACUGUCUGCAUUCCUUGGAUGGUGCGAAAGCAAGCACGUAAGUGAAAGAAGCAAGCCAUCCUGAGCCGUUCUUUAGAUCUCAUCCAGGGAAUAGUGUCUGCUCUUCAAGAACGAGUGAAGCAAGAUUUAGCAUCUGCACUUUCCUGAUGAGGAUUAUACAGAUGUGUCUUGGCAGAGUCCUUCUGUAUCCAUACUGCAGACCCCAAUAGCCAAGUUUCUUUUCUUCCACUUUCCAAAGCCCUCAUGAGCAUCAGGCCAUGAGCAGCGUUCAUGAGCUUUGUCAUUGCAAAGCUGCCUGUGAUGUAAUUUAAAACAACUUUUCCCAACCUGGGUGCCCUCUGGGUGGGUGGACUUCCAACCUCCAGGAUUCCCUACCCAGCAUGCCAUUGCUGAGAAUUCUGGGAGUGGAUAUCUGCAUCUCUGGAACUCAUUCAAGCAGAGGGAGUUGAUUCAGAGAGAUUGUGUUUGAAAGCUUAGAGCUAAGUGCUCACACCAGCUC